AUGUCAUCAAGGUUGGAUAGACUGCUACUCUUGUUAGAUUCGGGGUCGAAUGCUGCGAUAAGAAAAUCUGCAGCCGAACAAUUAGGAGAUGUGCAGAAGUUGUAUCCCAACGAGCUUCAUAAUUUGCUUAAUAAGGUCCAUGUCUAUCUGAUGAGUAGCCAAUGGGAGACGAGGGUUGCGGCUAGCCAGGCUGUUGAAGCUAUAAUUAGAAAUGUUGAUCAGUGGCAGCCAAUUGGAUUAGAGAGAUUGGAUGAUCACAAUUUAAAUGGAAGACUCAGCGUAGAAUCUUCUGACCAUUUGAGUUUAUCGAAUUUUGAUGUGAACAAAGUUCUAGCGCAAGAUGUCAUUCUGUCCAUGUGUGAUGAUAAGGAGUUUGAGGAACCUACUGGCUCCUUUGAAGUUAUAAACAGUCGGGAGAAGUUGCAGGAGCAAAAGAGGCAGCUGAACAAAAAGUUGGGCCUUGAUGUCUGCAGCAUGUUGAACAUGUCCGUUGACAGUCUCUUCGAGGAGAGUGACCUGAUAGUCGAACCCAAAAUGGCGGCGGUGGCGGCCACCGUGACGUCAUCAGUUUCAUCAUCAGUGAAGGAUUAUGUUGAAAAUAAGCUAGUUGCAAGCAACAACAACAACAACAAUAAUAGUAAUAAUAAUAUAAAGUCUGGAAAAAGAAAAUGUGAGAGUGACAAUUAUGCCACAGAGAAGAAAUUAAAAAAGCCGAGUGAUGAAGAUGGAGAUUCCAUAAAAGAUGACGAUUUUAUUGCAGAAGAAGAGAAACCACAGACAGAUUGGCCUUUCGCUCACUUUGCUCAUUCUCUCGCCAAUAAUCUUUUUAAUGCAUCCUGGGUUAAAAGGCAUGGCUCGGCCCUUGGUCUCAAGGUCAUCCUCAAAGUUCAUGGCUCAGGGGCUGGCAAGUCCUGCUGUCUCUAUAAGGAUGAGUUGGAGAAGGCGAACUUGGUGUAUUUGGAGGAUCUGAGUGUCCGCCUUAUCUGCGUGCUGGCUCUCGACAGAUUGGGCGACUUUUUAUCUGAUGAGGUGGUCGCUCCAGUUCGAGAAACGUGCGCGCAGACACUGAGCAUAGCAUGCAUGCACGUUGACAAGCGGGGCGCACUGCAGAUAGUGAAAGCAUUACUCCAGCUACUUGAUCAUAAGCAAGAAAAUGGCGAAUUGUGGGAGGUCAGACAUGGCGGACUGCUGGGGAUAAAGUACAUCCUUGCUACACGGAAGGAUAUGACCUAUGAUCUUUUAGAAUCCUGCCUGCCGAGCAUACAUAUAGGACUGCUGGACGGAUCUGAUGACGUCAGAUCCGUCGCUGCAUCCGCAUUACUUCCGGUUGUGGACGAGUUAAUCCGGAGCUCGCCGGAUCAGGCUCUAAAGAUUAUUGAUAGUCUUUGGUUGUCGUUGAAAGAGUUGGACGAUCUGACGUCAUCCACGAAUAGCAUCAUGUCGCUAUUGUCGCAGCUUCUCUCGCAUCCGCUUGUCUGUCAUAAAUACCAGGGUUCGACAUUGAGCGUAUUGAUACCACUUAUAUACCCGUUCCUGAGUCACAACAUCACAUCAGUGAGGCAGGCCUCUUUGCAAACCUUAGUGACCUUGGUCAAAAGGUCACUCGAUAUUAAGGAUGUGACUUGGAUAUCUGGAAUAUUGCAAGACCUGAUGAGGCACAUAUACCAACGCAGCCUGCUAGAGUAUGACGUACAUUUGCUUGACCUUAUUGUCGAGGUGUGGCGUAGCAUAUUGGCCUGCGCUGGCAACGAUCAGCUGGUAGCAGCGGUUGGCUUCUACUUCAACAGCUGGAUGUGCAUGUUGAUGCAGCCAGCUGGCGUGCCUUACGACCACCAGCUCUUGCUAAACUCUUCUUCCUCAUCAUCCAUGCCUGCUAACCUGAACACUAGUGUUGCGAAACAGCAGCAGCAGCAGUGCAACAUAAAGUUCAUUGCUGAGAUUUCAAACAUUGUCGACUCGACGGCCGAACGAGAUGCUUUGGUCACCAGGGCUCGUUUGACUGCAGCUAACUUACUUGGUCAGCUCUGUUACGUUCUAACCAAACCACAGCCAGAACUUCAAAAUGACCAACAACAACAAACCGACCAACAACACCAACAACAACAAACUGACCAACAACAAAAACGACAAUUAAUAUCCAACGACCUAUGCAAACUGUUCAGCAUCUAUCUCUCGUCUAAAUCGGCCAUCCAACGCAUGCUCACCUCGCAUAUCAUCAACUUCUGGGUGGUCAACAUCAAUUACAAUAAUAACAACAACAAUAACAAUAAUAAUAACAACAAUAAUAACAAUAAUAACAACAAUAAUAAUAAUAAUAAUAACGGUACUACCACAACCACUGCUACUGAAGAUUCCAAAUCUAGUAACGCUACUAGCAGUGCUAAUGAAAAUUGUAAUAGUAUCUCUACUGCUUCUACUACAUCUAACUGUAAUGUCGGCGAUAAUAACGACAAUAACAACAGCAAUAACAACAACAUUAGCAACAAUACUAACAAUAACAACAAUACUUAUAGCAGGGAUUCAUUCGAUAUAAUUCCUAGCUAUUUAGUUGAUCAGCUACGGAUAUUAUUAACCGAGCUAUUAUACUACGACGAAAUAGCUACGAUGAUUACAGUUCUUCAGGUUGAAAGCCGAUCGCUCUUAGCUUUCAUUGCUAGCUGUGGUAUAAAGCUGGCCGAGCCCUAUAAUGAUCUGAACGCGGUCUUGACGACGGAACAAAUACAGCAUUUGUGUAAAGUGGAGGCAGAGAAUUGCUCUAAGUCGUUGGUCAGUUUGAAGGCCAGCACGAACCAGCUGGAAUCCUUGCAGAGGAAACGCUCAAAUUUGGAAACUUCCUUGAGCCAGACGGUGUCUGAACAGAAUAUACUAUCUAAUAGGGUUCAAUGUAGCAUUGCAUCUGUAUUGGUCCAUAUGGAUAGAAUGCCUAGCUCUCUCAAUCCGAUAAUGAGGCCCAUAAUGGAAUCCAUCAAAUCAGAAGAGAAUCUGCAACUUCAAGAACUCACCGGGUCAAUCCUCUCCGAGGUCAUUGAACUUUGCAAAACUAGGUUACCCUGUCCCAAUUUGAAGGCCAUCAAGAAUUUAUGCAACAUGGCCACUGCCGAUUGUAAAUGCUUUCUUGACUCCAAUGGUCUUGAAAAAUUUGACAAGUUUUCUGAUAUUAUGGUUCUUUGGACUAGACAGCAGGUGCAGAUUUCCAAAACGAGAAAGUUGGGUUCUUUAAAAAAAUCAUCUUCAUCGUCGUCAUCGUCUACGUCAUCAGCAGCUGCAGCAUCAACAGCAGCAGCAGCAGUGAAAGAUGAUGCUGAUGUUAAUGAAGCUGCUGAAGUCGCAAAAUCUGGGUCAACCAAUCAGAAGCGAGGACCUGUUUCCGCUCUGUGUAGCAUCGUCACAAAGGCGGGAAAGAAUUUCCCGCACGACGUUCCUGAUCUCUGGAAUAUCAUCUUUGCUGGCAUGGAAAAAGCUGUGGUCAAGAAAGAAGUGAGGGACAAAGAUGGCUGUGGGCAAAUCAACAACAACGAAAAUAGUAAUAAUAAUAAUAAUAAUAAUAAUAAUAAUAAUAAUAAUAAUAGCGAUGACAAUGAUGAGGAUAAUGAUUCUCUCGAGUUGGUCAAAUGUCUCCAUAUUUUCAACAUCAUCAUCCCAUCAGUGCACCAGGAUUUACAUGAACAUCUAUUCAGUCACUUUCCAUGCCUUCUAGCCUGCCUGGAACAUCGCUACUCAGCUGUCAGAAACGCAGCCGCUCGUAGCUUGGCUACCAUCGCGCGUGUGGCUAGCGUCAUUACCAUAGAAGCCGUCGUCGUCAGGCACUUGCUGUCGUGGUUGCAAGAUCCGGUGAAUGACAACCGCAAGAUGGGAGCUGUCGAGGCAAUUAGUCUAAUCGUUGAAGAGCUGUCGAUAGGGAUCCUGCCCUACAUAACCAGUUUAGUUUUGGCGCUCCUGGGAGUUAUGAGCUAUCAAAAUAAGCAAGUAAGACACGUGGCUACCUUCACCUUUGCCAAUCUCGUCUGCCUCAUGCCUUUAGAAAAACCAGUGUCGCAAUCAACCAACGAUGGCGAUGUUAAAACUUCAUCAUCAACAACAACAGCAACAUCAUCAACAACAGCAUCAUCAUCAUCAUCAACAACAACAUCAUCAACAACAUCAUCAUCAUCAUUAACAACAACAUCAUCAACAACAACAUCAUCAUCAUCAUCCGUAAUGACGUCAUCCACAACAUCAUCAUCAUCAGUAAUGACGUCAUCGUCGUCACCAUCAUCAGCAGUAGUUGAGGCUAAAAUAAAACAGGAUAGAACGUUUUUAGAGCAGCUACUGAACCCCAAGCUGAUUGAAGAUUAUAAGGUACCGCUGAAGUUGAAAGUUCAACUGAGGAGGUAUCAACAGGACGGCAUCAAUUGGCUCUCCUUCUUGGCCCGUUUCAAACUGCACGGCAUUUUGUGUGACGACAUGGGUUUGGGCAAAACCCUGCAAGCCCUCUGCAUCGUGGCAGCCAAUCAUCACGAGAGAGAAAUACGAUUGGCUAAGAAGAAGGUGAAAUACGAGAGCCCGCCCUCUAUCGUUAUAUGCCCCCCAACCCUGACCGCUCAUUGGCUGUACGAAGCUGAGAAGACCCUACCAGACGGUCUCAUUCGAACCUUGCACUACAUAAAAUGGAACUAUUGCAUAUUAGACGAGGGACACAUUAUUAAAAAUAACAAGACGAAAGUAUCAAAGGCAAUAAAACAGCUGCGGUGUUCUCACAGGUUGAUACUAUCAGGCACCCCCAUUCAGAACAACGUCCUGGAGCUGUGGUCACUUUUCGACUUCCUCAUGCCGGACACAAAAAUCAUGGGUCACAGAAAUUAUCAAAUCAAAGUUACAAUCAAAGUUACAAUCAAAGUCGUUGUAAAAACAAAGACACAAAGAUCAUUGGUAUCGUAA